ACUCUAACCUUUCAGAUAAACCGAUUCAGACCAAAGGAAAUUCACAAUAAAUUUAUACCGGAAAAAGACGUAAUGACAUGAAAAAACAUCUCAUCCACUCAUCGUGUAUCUGUGGACAGUCCAUUCGGGUUGAGAGUAAUAAUACAACAUAUGCAGACAACGUUACGUACCCCCCCGGUGGAAAUGGAAGUGGAGAUGACAGAAGCAGAAGAUGGAAACACAAAUGUGAUUGCAGAAUUUCUCUAACUCACAAACGCAGAUACAGAUGAUGGAGCCGUCCCUGACUGUGGAAGUCACUCACGCUGCCCCUGCCGAAUGGCCCGUCUAUAAAUAUUACAUUCUGAAUGUGAUCAAGGAGAUAAACCCAAUUUAUGGAGAAGAUGGAACAAGCUUUUUAUUAACUGA